AUGGCAUGCAUUGGCUUUUCUAGUACAUGUCUUUUUGAGGUAUCUUUGGUUCAGCAUGAAGGUCUUAGAUUUUCUCAAAGAAUACAAAUGCUUUCAACUCCAUGCAUGCCAAAAAGCUAUACUUUAGCUACAUCCAAGAAAUGCAAGAGAAUCAAGGCCAUGGCUUCACCAAAUGUAGCAGCUCCUCAAAGAGAGAAAGAUCCAAAAAAGAGAGUAGUUAUAACAGGAAUGGGUCUUGUUUCAGUCUUUGGCAGUGACAUAGAUGUAUUUUACAACAAGCUUCUUGAAGGAGAAAGUGGAAUAAGCCUAAUAGAUAGGUUUGAUGCUUCAAGCUUCCCCGUCCGUUUCGGCGGUCAGAUACGCGAUUUUUCUUCACAAGGUUACAUUGAUUGCGAGAAUGAUCGGUGCCUCGAUGAUUGCUCGAGGUAUUGUUUAGUAGCAGGCAAGAGGGCACUUGAAGAUGCUAAUCUUGGAUAUGAAGCUCUCAACAAUAUGGACAGAACAAGAAUGGGAGUUCUAGUGGGAACAGGAAUGGGAGGUGUAAGUAGUAUGAACACUGCUGUUGAUGCUCUCACUCACAGAGGACAUGAAAAGAUUAAUCCAUCUUUCAUUCCCUACACCAUUAACAUGAGUUCUGCUUUGUUGGCUAUAGACACAGGACUAAUGGGGCCAAAUUAUUCCAUUUCUACUGCUUGUGCCACAGCAAAUUACUGUUUUUGUGCAGCUUCUCAUCACAUUAGAAGUGGUGAAGUAGAUAUUAUGGUGGUUGGUGGUACUGAAGCUUCGAUUAUACCUUCUGGUGUUGGAGGAUUCAUUGCUUGCAGGGCUUUGUCUCACAGGAAUGAUGAGCCUAAGAAGGCUUCAAGACCGUGGGACAAAAACCGCGAUGGUUUUGUCAUUGGUGAAGGCUCUGGUGUCCUGAUAAUGGAGAGCUUGGAGAGUGCAACAAAGAGAGGAGCAAGAAUAAUUGCUGAAUAUUUGGGUGGUGCCAUAACAUGCGAUGCUCAUCACAUGACUGAUCCAAGAUCUGACGGACUUGGAGUUUCAUCUUGCAUAAGCAAGAGUUUACAAGACGCCGGUGUUUCCCCCGAAGAGGUGAACUAUGUGAAUGCUCAUGCUACAUCAACACUAGCUGGUGACUUGGCUGAGGUUAAUGCAAUCAAAAAGGUUUUUAAGGAUACAUCAGAACUAAAAAUGAAUGGGACUAAGUCAAUGAUUGGACAUUGUCUUGGUGCUGCUGGUGGCUUGGAAGCUAUAGCAACCAUCAAAGCAAUAACUACAGGCUGGUUGCAUCCAACCAUUAACCAAGAUAAUUUGGAAGAGGAUGUUACAAUUGAUACUGUCCCUAAUUUUAAGAAAAAGCAUGAAGUUAAUGUUGCUAUCUCCAAUUCAUUUGGAUUUGGUGGACACAAUUCAGUAGUUGUCUUUGCCCCAUUCAAACCCUAA